AUGUCCAAGGAAAUAUCACCACGGUCGUCGUCUAUGAGUACGAGGCGUAGUGAGUUGUCAGAGCAGGAGGAUAGGAAGAUGGUGGAGGGAAUUUCGAGCGGGAUAGGUGGGAUCGGGACAGGGAAAGUAGGUAGUAGUAAUAAUGGUACAGGGAGCGGGAGAUCGGGGCCAUUGAAUACAGCGAAUCUUGUGAUUAGCCACAAGCCUAUCUCUACAUCAUCUCCUGAGGCGAUGGCGGCAGCGCAGCAGGUGACGCCUAAGAAAUUAGCGCAAUUGUUGUUGUCUAAGGGUCCUUUGGCUAUUCGGUUCAUUACGCAGGCGUUGAUGGAGGAGAUUGCUAGCUUCAAGGAUUUGUCUGCAUCCAAACAGCGGAGGUUGAUAAUGAGUGCACUUGAGGCGGGAGAUCAGGAGAAUUCGGUUGUUUUUGCGAAGAUUGGAUGGGGUCAAUGGUCUGCGAAGUACGUUGAGCCGCACUUGUUUGUUAAAGAGCGGGAAUUGACGAAUCUGGCGAACAGUAAGGUGAAAGAUAUUGUUUCACAGGAGAGUAGGAGGAGGAGUAGUAGUAGUAAUGCCAAGAAAACAGUCAAGUCAGGCUCAUUCCUGAAAGAUAUCAAGAAGCCGCUAGCGAAUUCCGCUUCGACUGGUAUAUAUAUUGACGAGAAUGCGUUAGCCUCGGAUGAAGAUGAAGAUGAUGACGAAGACGAAGACGACGAAGACGACGAUGAAGAUAAUGAGCCACUUGACUACGAUAGGUUCAAGAGGAGGCAGUCAAGCGUGGUUGUCUCCGUAGAGUCUCCACCAGAAAACAAUAAUUCCAAUGAUUUCUUGCGAAGGCCAACGCUCGGCAAGACUCAAGGUGGCGGUGCAUCAAACAGCCGCCGUCGUUCUUCGUCAAAAAUAAGAUCUGUCUCUGUUUCCAAACCGGGAGUAUACCGGGCCACGAUAACUACCAACGAUUCCCCAGACGGUUCGGUUAGGAAGUUGGCCUCCCCUCAGAACGAUUUUCGCAGCAAGAGCAUGAUAGAUUUACCCACACCUGAGGAAAUUUCUCCUGAUGAGCUUUUAAGCAGCACAUCUACCAAAGCUACAAAGGCCACCGUUAGACGCCCCGGUGGAGCCGCCAGGCGCGACUCCAGGCUCUCUUUCAGCAAAGAAUCAUCUAUCAGAUCGACUCUGCUCUCACAUAACAACUACAACAUCGUGUCACCGCCAACACAAUCCGUCCUGGUUACCCAGACCUCUUCCUCAUCAAUAGCAUAUAAUAACCCCGAACACGAGCACCCGCCUCCUCUAAGACUCGACAACCUGCCAAAUACCCGUGACUUGAACCAUUCUGACACCGACGAAGAAGACUGGGCUAGCAUAGGCGCCCCGGCCUUACGCAACAACAGCUUGCCUUCAAACCUCUCCUCCCCAAUCCCACAACAAACGAAUUCCGCUUCUGCAUCUAAAACCCACUCAAUACAAGGCUCCCCACGCCUAAACCCUACAUCGAACCCUCCGCAGAACCGUGUUAUUCCCCAACAGCAGCAGCAGCAGCAUCCCGCAGACACAGAAGAUGCCGCCUUCCUAUUGAUGAGCUUAAAAUCCUAA